UCUCUUCUGCAGGGACACCUCAGAGCUCUGUGACCUCAUUAGCCAGCCAUGGGCAACCCCUGCCUCAAUUGCCAGGAACUUCCUUGGGAAGAAACAUUGCCCAGCCCUGGAGGGGCUGCUACCGUGGGCCCCUCACAGAGACCCCUCCCCUGCCCAGCCAGGGCCCAGUCAAGAACAGCUCGUCCUCCAGACCUACUCCCACCGAGUCUCUGCAGAUCUCUCCCAGCCAGCACCGACCCUGCCUGGCCUCGGGAGGCGCUCCAGAUAGAUGGAAGGAGGGAGGGACAGAAACUACCUUCAGGAAACACGGGGUUCACUAAGGUGAGGGGCUCUCGGCCUGUGCUCCGGGCCCCUCCCUUGGUGCACGGUGUUCUGCAGGGGCAGCUUUCGCCACAAAGCUGCUUUCACUGGACAUUUGAGAUACUCUGAUGGCUGACCUCACACAGACGUCCUCAGCCACCUGUCUGUGGGUUCCUGUGGGCAGGUUCCUGUGAGCAAAAGCAGCCCAUCCAAGUAGGUAACAUUCGGCAACAGGUUUCCCUUCUCUGAGGAAAGGGGGUCAGACGUGGAAAGGGGCAGGAGCCAAAGGCGCUGUUGAGGCAAGAUGGCAGCUACUCAGAAACACAACCUCUUCACGCCAGAACCUCACUACAUCCCUGGCUACGCGGGGUUCUAUCCGCAGCUGCGCUAUCAGGUGGGGAACACCUACGGGCGCACCACAGCACAGCUGCUCACAGACCCCAGCGUGCAGAAGAGCCCCUGCUCCGUGCUGUCCCCCAUAUCCAAGCCCAAGUUCAUCGAGGACUUCAGCAAGCCCAAGCCACCUUGGAUACCCUGCCGGGACCUGACUGAGCCCUAUGUCCCCCACUACACCGGUCUGAAGCCCUACAAGAACUUUGAGAUCCUGGGCCGGUUCCCACCCCAGGAGGGGAACGCCCAGAAGGGGCCGCAGGGAGUAGAGAGCAUAUCCAGGCAGGUCCUGCUGCCUUCGGGCUUCAUGCCCUAUGCCCCCUACCCCCCAUGCCCGCCAGGCAGGAAGGGGGGCUCCAGAGACUUUGGACACCCAGGCCUGCGGCUGGCACACGGAGAGGAGGCCUGGAAGAGCACCACCCCCGUCCACGAGGCCCCCGGGCUGGACCAGCGGCACCACUGCAGGAGGGGUGAAUGCCCAGCCCCUGCUCAGCGGCAGGAGACCCUAGACGUGGGCGGGUUCCACAGGCUGCCGCAGCUCGACCACCCCAACCUGAUCCAACGCAAAGCCAUCUCAGGUUACGCCGGCUUUGUCCCGCGGUUUGCCUGGGUGAUGGGGGUCAACUACCGUGACGGUGUCGCACAGGCCAUGGCUGAGUUCAGCAAGAACCAGUUCCUGUUCAGAAACCCCAUCUGUGCCCUGGGGGAGCGGCUGCCCCAAACACACUGGCCUGGCAACACCAUCUACAGCAGCCAGGGCCUGAUCCCCUUCUACAUGGGCUUCGUACCAUCCACGCAGGACAACUACGCGCUGACGUUCGGCAAUAGCACCCGCAAGGCCUAUGGGAAGGAACUGGGGAGGCGACACCAGACACUAUGAAAAUGCUUUAAUGGUGGCGUCCGGACAGCAACGUGGCGUCAAGACAGGAGGGAGAGCAAGUGCACACAGAGA